UUUCAAAGCUCCUUCCAAACAUUUCCUUAAGUAUAGCUCAUGCACUUUGCAAAAGUUGUAAGCGAGUUUACUCGAAUUGAGAGUAUUUUUUUUUGCAAAAUUUCCAUCCUUGAUUUAUUUUAUUCGUGUAAAUUGUGAUUUCUUCUUAAUGCCAAUUGUUUUGGCAAACAAAUUGGCCAAAAAUGUCUGUACAUUAUAAAUUCAAAAGUGCACUAGACUUUGACACCGUCACGUUUGACGGUCUUAAUAUUUCAGUUGGAGAUCUAAAAAAGGCAAUAAUACACCAAAAACGUUUGGGAAAAGUGACAGAUUUUGAUCUACAAAUAACAAAUGCUCAAACUAAAGAAGAAUACCAAGAUGAUUCUGCUUUAAUACCUAAGAACACAUCGCUUAUUAUCGCGAGAAUUCCGAUAUCUCAACCCAAAAAGGCGUGGAAUACCCAGAAUAUAGAAAAAGCACAACAAACGCGAGUCAUAUCACGAGGAGAUGCAAAUUCUUUAGACUUAUCAAAAAUGAAAGGUAGUGAAGAAGACAAAAUUUUUGAAAUGAUGAUUCAAAGUACUGCUGAUUACGAUCCGAAAAGUUAUCAUAGAAUAAGAGGACAUUCACAAAUUGGAGAUGUUCCGCCAACGUAUCGAUGUAACAGAUGCAAAAAAACGGGACAUUGGAUUAAAAAUUGUCCUUACACUUUAGGCAAGGAACAUAGUGACAUCAAAAGAAAUACGGGCAUACCAAGAUCAUUUCUCGAUAAGGAUGAUAAAGAAACGUCAGCAGAUUUCCCAGAGCCAAAAGUGUCAAUUGAGAAAAAAAAGGAAAUUCCGGAUGACUUGAUAUGCAGCAUUUGUAAAGACCUCUUCGUUGAUGCUGUUAUGAUUCCGUGUUGUGGAAGUUCGUUUUGUGAUGACUGUGUACGCAGUGCACUACUCGAAUCGGAAGACAAUGAAUGUCCAGAUUGUAAGGAAAAGGGCUGUUCGCCGGGUUCAUUGAUUCCAAAUCGUUUCUUACGAAAUUCAGUAAAUGCGUUCAAAAAUGAAAAUGGCUAUACAAAUAUAAGAUCCAAAAUAGAAAAAUCUAAUAAUUAUGAAGAAAAUACAUCAGCAAAGAUGAAAGUGAACAAUGUUAAUACAGCUGACGCUAACAAGUCGGUAGAAGUGCGAGCAGAAACGGUCACUCCAAAGGAGGCACUGAAAUUGGACAAUGGGUCACAAGUCAAGAUGGUUGAAAACCGAACAAAGGUUGAGACAGCCAAAACUGAGGAGGUGGAGUCAGAUUAUGAGGAUAAUAUUACUAUAAUGAUGCCUCCAGUGCCGGUUAAGAACUUGAAUAGUGGAACAACUGAACUUAGUGGGCGUAGCGUUAGUCAUCCGAAACCCCCGGGUAUAGAAAACUCACCACAUCAUAGACAGCAGGUAUCACCUUCAGAUACCCAUAAGAGUGAUAAUCAUCUUGGAUUAGAUACUCAAACUAACGAAUGGGAUCAAGAUUACAAAUUAGAAAGGGAUUAUCCUGAAGAAGAUGCGAAUGGCAACGUAUUUUAUAAAAAUUCUACGGCGAAACAGCUCACGCAUCCUAUAAAUGCAUCAAUGCAUUACGGGCCGAAUAAGAUUCAACUACGUCCACCUAGACCGAAUCAUUUAAUGGAUGUAUAUUCAGGUCCGCCAAAUAGAGCUAAUCCUUAUCAGCAGAUGCCACUUCCACAUGUAAUAGCUCAAGAUACAAUAGUUCAAGGGCAACCUAUGUUGCCAUUCGGAGUAUACAAUCCUAUGGGCCCUAGGCCUACUGUCACUUAUCAACAUUCUGUUCGACCGAUGUUUCAUAAUGCUCCACCUGGCUUUCCACCAAUCAGAUGCCCACCAGCUGAGAUGCAUCAUGCUAACAGUAAUUUGGCUUCAGUUUAUCAGGGUGUAGCAGCUAAAGUUGGUACUGGUAUAAUUGAAGAUCCACUUGAAACUUUUAACCGACUUAUGAAAGAAAAAGAACGCCGGAGAGAAGAUCGACGUCGUUCUAUGGAACGUCGCCGUUCCUGGUCUAAUGAAAGACACAAUCGUGGACGAAUUCCUGCCUCACCAUAUCGACGAAUUUCUCGUGAAGUCAAGGAGAAGGUUAGACCACAUGAUACAGAAAGGAAGCGCGAUAAUGGAUUUGAUCGUAAUAAGUCAAAUAGAAGGAGACGAUCUAACUCGUUUAGUGAUAAAAGUUCCAGAUCAAGAUCUUGGUCCAAAUCUCCAAUAAAAAAACGUUCCAGAUCGCCUUAUAAUAAACGUUCACGAAGCCGCACUCAUACAUUUCAAGAAAAACGGGACACUGGCAAAAGUCAUAAUAUAAGAGGAGAUUUACAUUCGGAAUCAACAAUGCUAAGACGUAGCACAAGUGAAGAAAGAACUCGUUCUUUACGGCAAAACAACUUGGAUUGGUAUUCUCAUCAAGGUAGUACCAUUGGUUCGUUUGAAUCUGACAGAUAUCCAGUUUCAAGAAAGGAGAGAUUUAAUGAGAAUCCACAUGAGAGCUUAGAACCUCCACCACCUGGUUAUGAGCUCAAUCCAUCAUCUUAUAAUAGCGCUUACCAUUUUAAUCAGCAAGAUUAUAUGAAUUCAAGAAAGCGAAAAGAUCGUCCCUCGUGUGACACAAAAGAUAAGAAACAAUUAGAGUUUCGAGGUGGCUCAGAUAAAGGUGAUGUGAAAACCAUAACGAGAAUUACUGAAAAAAAAGUUAGAAGAACUCGGAGUCCCACGCCAGUGUCAAAGAAAAGGUCUGGUAGUUGUGAGAAAUUCGAAAAGAACAAUAGUAAACGUUCGCGAAACAAUAUUAUUUCUUCUCGAAAAAGUAUUGAACGAAGCAAGCCAGAUGAUUAUUAUAAACGAGAAGGCAAUUCGAAUGAGGCAUCAAAGCGAAAUAAUGAAAAAGAUUUUGAGAAAUGUAUGAACACAUCUGACGAUCUAAUAGUAAAAGAAAUAGAAGCAAAUUCUGUAAAGAACGAAAACUCAGAAAAUUAUGAUCGCAAUAAAAGCCCUGAAAAACAGAAAACUAAACAUAGCAGUACCAUAAGUAAAGAGGAUGAAUUGCGUUCGAAUUCUAGCAAAGAUGAGAAAAACUUAAAGAAACCCAAAGAUAAGGAUCGUAAAAAGAAAAGGAAAGAUAAAGAAAGAAGAAAAACGAAGAAAGACAAAAAAAGUAAACGGGAUCGAGAAAGACAAAAGAACUCAGCUGAAUCUGAGGAAAGGAAACAACAUGAUGAAUUUGAUGAGGCAAAAGAUGUUUAUAUAUCAAGAACACCGGAGUUGAAUAUAUGCCAUAACAUUUCAAACAUUGACGAUAUAACUUCAAAUGAGGAAAGUAAGGUGAUUACAAAUAGUUCAUUAUCUUUUCGAGAUAAUGUUGAUACAAUAAAAAGUAGUGAUCAAGAAAACUCUCAAGAUAAGGUUAAAACAGACUUAAAUACAAACGAUACUGAAUUUAGACGUGUUGAUUCAGUACUAGAUAUUCUUGAUUAUGAGACUGAAUUCGACGACUUAAAUUCUCAAGGUCAACAAAAGGUAAAAAAUAAUGCUCCCGUCCCUGAACCUUCAAAAUGGGAAAUUGAUGACCAUAAUAUAUGCGUUGCUAGUCAAAUAAUUAGUUUAGAGCCCAAAGAAGGCACUGAUUACCAGAAUGAGAAGUUAACGAAUGAUAAAGUAACUAAUGAAGUAUUGCGUAAAGCCGAAAAUGCAAUAUUUGCUCGCGCUAUUAAGGCUAUAUAUCCUUUUGAUAAAUCUGAUGGUAAUAAUGAUAAUCAGAGGGUGUACAGUGAAUCACUACCGAGGAUUGUUCCGAAAGACAAAAUUAAAAACUUUGAAAUCACAGUACCAACUAGUAAUAGCCAAGAACGCUCUGUGCAAAUAAAAGAUGAUUCCUCACAUUCCCCCAAAGUGGUUAAAUCGGUAAAAGAAAGAUUAGGAAGCAAAGUCACUACGAAAUAUGACUACUCACCUAGUCGGGAAAGCCGCAACAAACAGCAUAUGAAGAGUAAUCCAGUUGGUCAAAAUGCUUAUGAACGGUCGGAAGAGCGAAACAGAAAUAAAUUUAAAGAUCGAGGUCGCGAUAGUAGGAAUAGCCGUGAAAAUCGUGACAGAGGUGCAAAUAAGUUUACAAAUCUAUCAAGUAGAGAUAGAGAUCGAGAAAGAAAUCGUGAUCGCGAUAGAUGUCAUGAAAAUGACAAAUAUAGAAUCAAAGAGCGUGAAAGAAUCCGCGAUCGUGAAAGAGAUCAUAUUCCAGAUAGUCGUCACAAAUCUCCAAAGCAAUCAAAUCGUGAAAUUGAAAUGGCAUCAAGAAGUAGGCCACGUAUUAGAGAUAGAGGUGAUGCUGAAAGCUCGUAUGCCACUACAGGACCUAAGGGUAAUGAAAAUAAAACUAACAACUUGAAAGAUAAAGAUAAGUCGAAAAAAAUAGGUUUGGAAAAUCGUGAUACCGAGGUUUGUUCUUCAAACGUAGACAAAAUGCAUAAAAAGAGAAGCCUUUCAAAAGAAAGGAAUAAAAGUGAAACUCAUAAUAUUAAAAAGUAUUUCACUGAAACGGAAAAUAUAUUGAAAUCGCAUAACUUAAGCUCCGGCAGUUCUUCAGGGUCUGCUGAUACGAGCUCUGAUUCUGAAUCUGAUGAGGAUAAGCCAAGGAAAAAGCCCAAGUAUAAAAAAGACAAAAAGCAUCACAAACGUUCAGAAUCAGCAGAAUCCAUUAUUAGUUCAAAAGAAAAACAUGCGAAAAACAAAAAACGAAAUAAAUCUUCAAAGAAGAAGAAGAAAAACAAAAAAUAGUUUUUCAUACUUCAUAUUUUAAAUAAUAAUUGGAAAUAUUUAAUGUAUAGCUAUUAUAUUAGAUUUUGUGUAAUAUUGAAUAAGAAUGUAAUCAUACAUACAGAUGAGUGUAUGACCCAAUAAAUAAUGAAUAAACUAAUAGAUUUUAAUUAUUAUUUAUAUAAGAACUUUGUAGAUAGUCUCUUCUGAAUAUAUGUUCAAAUAUCAAUUUAACUUGGCUAGUAUUCAAAGAGAACUGAUUUCGGGUUCCGUUGGAUUAAGUAACAAUCGAUAUUAGAAAAAUAUGGUAACCAUUUGUUAUUAUAGUAUACACAUUUGACUUUAAUCAUACAAGGUGAAUUAAUAGAAUUAGAAAUCAUAUAAACAAGGACAAGGACUAUUUGAUUUUUGAUACUUCAAUAGCAAUAUAACGUAUGAUUUUACUUUUCUAAUUUGUUUCGUGAUUUAAAUAUUAAUGCACAUAUCAAUUAAAUAUGUAUGUGCGUUACUACGCAGUUCUGAAGCGUUUUAAAACUGGUAAGAUAUUUCAUUUGACAAAUUGAUAGCUUUUUGGAGAAAGAAGGGCAACGCUGCUAAUAGUAGAUUGAGCUACAUUUUUAUAUACAAAUUACGGAUUUGAGUAGAUUGAGCGAUGCUAUGUAGUACCAAUCGUCAUUAUUUUCAAAAUCUUUAACGUUACAGAAAAAGCAUUUAUUAAAAUAUGAUUUUAGUUGUAACAAAGAAUUUAUUUCAUUUUUGUAUUUAAAUACAAAAUAUAAAUUUUGAUUUACAUGCUAAAAAUAAUUAUGAAUUGAUUGAUAUUGGUAGUUGCCUGAUUUACCAAAAUGUUACAAGAUUCAAAAUAUAUAUAUGACUUAAGAAUAUAUUGUUAUUACUUCGCGACCUCCUCCCCGCACCAUUAACACCUUUUCUAGACCCUCGGUAAGAACCUCUAAAAAUUCCAUAUCUGCAAAUACAAAAAAGUAUAGUAAAACCGCAUGUAAAAUAUAGCGUGGUCUGACAAUUAUUCUGGCUACACGGAUUUAUGGCAUAACAAUUUUUAUAUAAUUUUAAAAGGAUACAAUUGCUUUCACGAUCGAUUUUAGAUUCUCGUGGUGGUCCAGGUAAAUUCAUUAUGACAAGUUGGGCAUCUUGUGAUUUAUUUACAAUAACUUCGUUUAGUUUAACAGCCGUGUGCAUUCGGCGAACAUUAAUUUCAUCACUAAAAAUAAUAUUAAAUAUUUAGUAUGUAGUACAAUCUUUAAAACAUAUCUCUGAAAGGAAAUUCUUAAUUUGGCUGUUAUAAUAAUAAUACGCACGGUUUUAAGUUUGUGUUUGAAUUUCCGCCUAAAAUAUUUUUUUCAGGCUUCUCAUCUUCACUUUGUCCUUUCUCUACAGUAUUUAAUGUCGAUCCAUUAUCCAAUUUAGCAUCUAGUGAGUCGAUUUCAGCCUCUUUUGUCUUCGCCUUUUCAUCGCCAUCUGCCUCCUGAUAAUUACAUAAUAUCGUAAUGUACAUAUAAAUAAAUUUAAUUUUUGAUAUAUAAACUAUAAAUAUAAUCUACAUUAGUUUGUAAUAAUAUACAUAAGUUACAUUCGAUUUUCGACAGUGAACAAAAUAUAAAACAAUGAACAUUGAACGAUAAAAAUCACACUUUGUGAUAAGUUUCCAAAAAACAGGUACAUUGGUAUCUAAAACCCUCUACCAUCAUACAUUCACCAAAUCAAAUUUUGCUUUUAAAAUAGGGUUUGGAAACUAAAAAAAAAAAUAACGAGCGAAGAUCGAACACAACUCAUAAUAAAGCCUGUGGUACUUUGUUUGCGAUAUGCGUACAUCAUUUCCAAAGAUAUAUUAAUUUGGAAUAAAACCUUAAUAUUGAGUUAUAAAAUGAAAUACAUUCGGGAAGCUUCGGCAAACGAAGUUCUUAAUUGAUUUUGUUGUACUUCCCUUCUUUGAAAAGAAGUAAACAUAGAUGUAACCUUACUAAUCUAAUGUAACGGAUAUGAAUGUAUUAAUGGACAUUUUACGCUUACAUUUUCAUGCUUUUCCUCUACAUUUACUGUUGGAUCUGCAAACCGAACCUUUGAAGAAGUCUUCGUUGCAUCAUGAUGAUGAUCAACAAUUGUCUGCACCUGCAAUGUAUCAUGAAUUGAAACAAGGUUGAUUCAUUCUGAAAAGUGAAUAUUAAUUUGGCUAUGCCAAACAAGUAAUACCCUUCACGCUUAUGCUUCAUGGACUUAUAUAAUUAUUAUAUUCGUACAGCUAAUUCAAUAAUACUAAUUUCGUUAUUGUACACUGAAGCGUGAUGGGUGUACAAAUAAAUCAAUAAAAAUAUCGUGAAUUGACAAGAAAAACUAUUUAAAAACAGUAAGAAGAAGCGGAAAGGUGGUAUUUACAUACAUAUAUAACCGCUAUAACUUUAAAUAUAUGCACUUAUUAAGUUUAUAGGCGAAACGUAAUAUGACUUAUUGUCUUUACUGAGUUUUUCUUGUUAUCCAUCGAUAUAAAUGUGGUAUGAUCGAAAACUAAUAUGAACAUUAUGAUUAUUACGUGUAAAAAAAACUUAUAUUUUUUACAUUAAAACUUAAUAGGCAACAUAUAAUUAUGCUGAUUCGGAAAUUUAUGACCCUUCAUCCUUAAAAAGUCCAUAAAACUUGACAGAAUAUUUGUUCAACUAGUUUUUAUGAAAACUAUGUUUAAGUUUUGUAUACUAAGGACACUUCGUCAUUAUACCAUAUAUAUUUUUUUCUGUACUUUUGGUUAUUAACUGUUGAUUUAGCUGCAAUUUUGUAUGCAGUAGGGUAACUUUAUUCCGAAAAUACUUCCUACAAUUAUCAAUGUAUUUAUGUGUGUAUUAUAGUAUUAAUAUGAAAUGCAUGAUGAAGAAAAUAUGAUGACAUUUUCAAAUACUUUAAGUUAUUCUCAGCCUUUACCAAAGGUAACUUAUCAUCCCCGGUGGUUUCCUUAAAAUCCACUAGAGUCUGUACCUUUUUUUUAAAAACAGACAAUAUGUGAAACGUAUUCAAGAAUUUUAGAAAAUUUUUGGAUUAAACAAAUUUUGACGAUUACUUCUAUUAAAUGCCGUACUUACUAUUUUAGAGUUUUCUUUCUUAUUUAAACGAAGUUCUCUCAACAUUUGAUUUCUCUGCUCCAUCAUCAACGUUCGCUCGUAUGUGUAGGCAGAUAUAUCGCUGUUCAUCUAAUAAAAAUUUAUUUAGAUAUUAAUGUGUGUAAGUCAAAUUAUUAAAUUAGGUCUUACCAUUUCUACAACCUCCACGUCGGCUUCUAUACGUAAAUGAUAUAGAAAGGUUUUUAAGUCUUUUUUCAUUUGGAUUGAAUUAUCCUCCAUUUGUGCGACCGUAAAAAUUCUCAAUUUGCAGUUUCUCCAAGUACGAUGUUGUUUCAACAGAAAUGGUA